CCAAUGGGAAGGCUCCAUACUGCAGGGUGUGACGGGGCCGGCGCCGCAGAGGAGUUGCAAGUCGGCGAAAGCGGCGGGAAGUUCGUACAGUGCAGAAGGCAACGCGUCUACGGCUCGGGUGAAGAUGCCUCGAGUAAAAGUGGCUCAGGCUGGAAGACAGGGCCCCACAAAGAGACAACUUGCCGAACACUUUGCAGCUGGGGAGAUCAUCACUGACAUGACGAAGAAGGAGUGGAAACUAGGAUCCCCCAUCGGCCAGGGCGGCUUCGGUUGUAUAUAUCUUGCUGAUCUGAAUUCUUCGAAAUCUGUGGGCAGUGAUGCACCCUGUGUUGUAAAAGUGGAGCCCAGUGACAACGGACCCCUCUUUACUGAACUGAAGUUCUACCAGCGAGCUGCCAAACCAGAGCAAAUUCAGAAGUGGAUUCGUACCCAUAAACUGAAGUACCUGGGUGUUCCUAAGUACUGGGGGUCUGGUCUACAUGAUAAAAAUGGAAAGAGUUACAGGUUUAUGAUAAUGGAUCGCUUUGGGAGUGACCUUCAGAAAAUAUACGAAGCAAAUGCCAAAAGGUUUUCUCGGAAAACUGUCUUGCAGCUGAGCUUAAGAAUUUUGGAUAUUCUGGAGUACAUUCACGAGCACGAGUAUGUACACGGAGACAUCAAGGCCUCAAACCUUCUUCUGAGCUACAAGAAUCCUGACCAGGUGUACUUGGUAGAUUAUGGCCUUGCUUACCGGUAUUGCCCGGAAGGAAUUCACAAAGAAUACAAAGAAGACCCCAAAAGAUGUCACGAUGGCACGAUCGAAUUCACCAGCAUCGAUGCGCACAACGGCGUGGCCCCAUCAAGACGUGGUGAUUUGGAAAUACUGGGUUAUUGCAUGAUCCAGUGGCUUAGUGGCCAUCUUCCUUGGGAGGAUAAUUUGAAAGAUCCUAACUAUGUUAGAGAUUCCAAAAUUAGAUACCGAGAAAAUAUUGCAGGUUUGAUGGACAAAUGUUUUCCUGAGAAAAAUAAGCCAGAUGAAAUUGCUAAAUACAUGGAAACAGUGAAAUUAUUGGACUACGCCGAGAAACCUCUUUAUCAGAACUUGCGAGACACUCUUCUGCAAGGACUGAGAGCCAUAGGCAGCAAGGACGAUGGCAAGCUGGACCUCAGCCUUGUGGAGAACGGAGGCCUGAGAGCAAAAACAGUAACAAAGCGAAAGAAAGGAAUCGACAGCACAGAAUCCAGUGUUGAAGAUAUGGAAUGCUCAGAUACACAGACAGAAGAGGCCACACAAACCCGUAAGUUGAACGGAAGAGCUCGUGUUUGUAGAGUGUGGUCACAGUGCCCUCUGUACGUACACCGUAUUAUUUGCUGUCCAUCGUGAUCAUGAAGUUGGGGCGGGAGGUGCUCUCAUUUUGCAUCUAGGGAGCCCACGACACGGAGCAUUCAAAUGCCGGAGCCAGAACUCUCUCUUCCAUUUCCGCACAUUGAUCUACGGAACGGGGUGAGCGGACUGUCCGGACCGGGCGAGGAGUUCCUGGGCUUACUGCAGCUGCCAAGCCCCACUUGCCUGAGCCGUCCGAGCGCUCCCAGCAAAGUGUGCCAACUCCUCGUUUCUCUGGACAAGUUGGGACGCAAGGAGUUAGAGCCUCGGGUCGUCACCUUUCAAAGCUCUUGAAGCAAAAAGCAAAGUCUACAGUCAUUUCCGAGGUGGCUUGUAGGCUGGUGCCGAAGGCUCCCCGCAGCGCGGGGCGGUGCCAGCGUUGGCGUUAGGAAGGGGGCGCCUGCAAAGGGCGCAGCGAGGGCGGGCUGCGGUGUGGUCGGCUUCGAAAGCGGCGCACCCGUGGGUGGCUCAGGAAAAGGGGCACCUGGUCCAGGUUUCACAAGAGGGGAUUUGUUGGACUCGGUGAAGAAAUUCAGUGCUGGAG